GAACAGAACAUAAAUAAAAGAGAGUCUUCAUUUUCAUUCAUACAUUUGUGUCUUCCUUUCCCCUUUCUUCCGUUUCAGACAGGACCUUUGGCACCGUCCUCAGUCACAUUGUUAGCAACCUUUGUUUUUCUUUUCUUUUUGUUUUACCCUCACAAAGUUAGGAAGGAAGGUGCCACGUCACCAUCACAGCUUCUCCACCAAAUCCAAAACCAAAGUUUCCAAUUUUCUCCGCUUCAUAAAUACACACCCCAUUGGGUGAAGAUUCUUCUGUGUCGUUGGAUUUUGUUUCUGUCUUUGUUGAGUGUGUCCAGUGUGAAGACUUGAGAUGGGGAAUUCAUUUGGGUGUUCGGCCUCCGGCGAGAGGUUGGUGUCGGCGGCGAGGGACGGCGAUUUGGUGGAGGCGAAGAUGCUUCUAGAAUGCAACCCUUGUCUUGCAAAGUAUUCGACUUUUGGGGGUCUCAAUUCACCUCUUCAUUUUGCAGCGUCGAAGGGCCAUAACGAGAUUGUCGCAUUGUUGCUUGAAAAUGGAGCUGAUGUGAAUUCGAGGAAUUAUUGUGGGCAGACCGCUUUGAUGCAAGCUUGUAGAUAUGGUCACUGGGAAGUUGUACAGACCCUUCUGCUCUUCAGAUGCAAUGUUAUGAAAGCAGAUUAUCUCAGCGGGAGGACAGCUCUUCACUUUGCAGCCAUCAAUGGGCACGCAAGAUGCAUUAGACUUGUUGUGGCUGACUUUGUUCCAAGUGUUCCUUAUGAAGCUUUACAUUCUCGCAUGGAUGCUGAGGGUAAUGGAUCACAUGUGAAACACAAAAAUGAACAAAGUGCGCUGUCCAAGUUUGUAAACAAAACUGCAGAUGCUGGUAUUACUGCCCUUCAUAUGGCUGCAUUAAAUGGGUACUUUGAUUGUGUUCAACUGCUUCUAGAUCUCAAUGCAAAUGUGUCAGCUUCGACAUUUCAUUAUGGAACAUCAAUGGAUUUAAUAGGGGCUGGAAGCACUCCAUUGCAUUAUGCUGCUUGUGGAGGCAAUUUAAAAUGCUGUCAGAUCCUCCUUGCAAGAGGUGCUAGUCGGAUGGCUUUGAAUUGCAAUGGGUGGCUUCCACUUGAUGUUGCUAGGAUGUGGGGACGUCAUUGGCUUGAACCAUUGCUGGCACCAACUUCUGAUGCCACAAUAUCAUCAUUCCCUUCUUCAAAUUAUUUGUCCUUGCCUCUCAUGAGUGUGCUCAACAUUGCCAGAGAGUGUGGAUUGCAAUCAAGUACAUCCUCCUCUAAUGAAAAUGAUGUUUGUGCUGUCUGCCUGGAGAGGCCAUGUUCAGUGGCUGCCGAAGGAUGUGGGCAUGAGCUUUGUGUAAGAUGUGCACUUUAUCUUUGCUCAACAACCAAUGUUUCUUCUGAAUCAUCUGGAGGACCUCCUGGCUCUAUCCCUUGCCCUCUUUGUAGGCAUGGAAUUGUCUCUUUCAUCAAGUUACCAGGCUCCCAAUCCAAAGAAAACAAAUUACACGUGUCCCUCAGCCUGUGUACGCCAUGCAUGCUACAUCCGUGUCACCUGGACCGACAAUCUCUUCAUACCCCCGAGAUUCGAAGGAACCGUGUGGCUUCUGUUCCAUCGGAGAUGCUUUGCCCCGUCACUUGUACUCCAUUUCCAUCUGUAGCAAUUCCUCUGUGUACAUGCAAUGAUGGUCCUUGUCCAACAUUUGAAUCCCGGGAAGCUGAAACGCAAGAUGAUUCGCCUCGUCACUCACAAGCAUUGACAAUGGAUCAGGAUAAAAUGGAUGGUCCUAGGUUGGAGAAAACAACAUGCUCAAGCAUGUUUUGGGGUAGAAGAAGUUGCAGCAGGGAGCAUCAAUGCAAUUCAGAAAUAAAUGCUUGAUCCAAUAUAUUGGUAUAUGGCCGUUCUUAUAUUGUGGAUACUUCAUAUAUACAAUCUUAGAUGAAGAAAGAAGUCUAUAUAGUUUAUCUUAUUAACCAGCCUCAUAUGGUGAAAUCCAGUGGAUGUAUAUCAAGAGGAAAACUGCUAUGCAGCUCAUUUUUUCAUGCACAGGCUGCAUGUGAUGUGAUGGAAAUGGAUAAUCUUGCAUGUCAGCAUUCCACCACCUUUUUAGUUUCCAGUUAUGAUAUUUAGAGAGCGUUAGUGAAAUUAGUAUGAGCUGGUUGUUAUUGCAAUUGGAUUUCAUUUUUAUCAUAGAAAACCAAGUGUUCUUUCAAGAGGAGGGAGAAGAAAAAUACCUUUAUGUUUUGGCACGUCUCAGAUUUGUUUGUGUAGUAUAUUGUUUGUCAUAUAUUCUAUAGGUUUACAAGAACAACUUUUGAUUAUUGUAACGGCUUGUUGAUGCAUUUGUAAUUGCACUUUUUGUGAACUCGAGGGUGUUUCUCCUAUAACACUCGAUGUUAGCUGAAGUACUUUUUCAACAAAUUGUCCCUGCAUCAUUAUUUGUUUC